AUGUCGCCACCACCAGCUUCACAUGCGCAGCCGGACGGCGCGGGACGCAGGAAGCGACCACGUCCUCUCCCCCACGUCAAUGCCCGAAACCUCGCCAUCGAAAAGAGGCGCCGCGAGCAAAUGAAUGGAAACUUCCUAGACUUGGCCCUUCUCGUCCCCUCACUAGCCAACGCCCAACGGCUCACCAAGGUGCACAUUGUCAACCAGGCCAUCGAGCACCUGCGCGAGCAGCGCGACCUCUGCGGCGCCGCCGCGCGGGAGAUGCAGGAGCUGCGCGCGGAAAACGAGCGCCUCGCGGCCCAGGUCAGCCUGCUCCGGCGGCCCAGCACGGGAGUACCACCGGCAGCAGCGGUGCCCGUCCGGCCCGUGUCGAGAACCAUGGCCAGGCUGCUGGAUGUCAGUCAGGUCGGCAGCGGCACGGCGACGCUGCGGGAUGCGCACGAGGGGCCGGAGCCCAAGGGGAAAACGACAGCACUAGUGGCUGUUGAGACUGCGAUUCAGCAGCAGGCAACUGGACUCCUCUCCUCGAUGGACCAUGGGAACGACACUUCAGCACAGUACUGUCAGGACUUGUGGAAUCCAGGAUGUGACUUUACAGGAAUGCCCGAGGCACAGCAAAAACAGUUGAUAUGGUCUUGUUCUGUUCCGAAUGCAUUUGUCGACGGUCCUUCGUCCCUACUGGCUGCUACCGGUGUGUCCACGCCGCCGUGCGACGGUCUGAGCCACAACGGAAUCGCCAGUCUCGCCUACCCUACAAACCUGUCACUCCCCGACACCAGUUUGUAUACCGACAUGGGCUUACACGAAAACAAUGCAGGCGAAAUCUGGCCAGGUUUAGGUAUAUGCUAG